GGGUGCCAUUUUGUUUGUUUCACCCAUAGGACUAAAAUAAUACACAACACUAACCUUUCCUAAGGAGCAGCUAUUUCACUUUCCUUGCAGCAAACAUGUUUCUGCAUCUGUCACUAUCGUGCGUAUUCGUAUGGGUGCUACAAAUAUGUCCUCACAGCGUGCUUGUGGUUAACUAUGGCAAAAAAGAGCAUAAAUUGCAGAUGUUUAUCCCCUGGGGAUGUAUUUCAUACUUAUUCUUGCAUUAUUUAACAUUUGGUUUUUAUUACCAGUUACGUGGUUAGGUUUUGAAUAGAUUGUCACUAUCCAUUUUCCUUCUGUUUCUAGCAGCUUGAUUGUUAAUGAUAAUUUGCCCACAUGCGAGGCAAAUACUGAUGGUUCUAUAUUAUACAGAUCUUAUUUAUGCUCAGUACAGACCUUUAAAAUGUGAACCUUAGAAGGCUCGAAUGCCGCUAUGACCGAACUCCCGCGAGACUGAGCGUGACCAAACACCGGACGCAAACAAAGUCUUCGAUUCCCUCUUUUAUUUUCACCCCCUCUACUCUCUCUUAAUCUUUCCUUUCAGUACAAUUCGCUCCACUACUGCUCAUUCUCUCCUCUACGCACACGCGGAAAUGCAUGUCCAACCUGGACCAGCUGGAGGACUUCAUACAGGACCAGUACAGCAGAUUCUGUACCAUGGGUCGCUCCCAAAAAUAAAAAAAACGCACUCCCAGGACUCAUCCGCUCCAUCAACCGAUUCAUCUCCAGUCAUAACACCACAAACUCGUUGCUGUUCUGAUGUAAGUGAUAUUCUUCUCUCGAUUGAUCAGAAAGUCACCACCCUAGAUGCCAGAGUCGCCCUAAUCGAGGUUCUCCACCGGGAAUUCCAGCAGCUCCGCCACAGCUUGGAAUUCACCCGGAGCCAAAUCGAAAAAAUCACCCAGGAAAAUGAGGCUCUGCAGAACUCUGUCAUGUCUCCAUCAUGGCCUCCGAACUCACCUCAGUAAAAUCAGAACUCGCAACGGUAAUGGCCGAAAAUAAGCUCAUGAAGGCAAACAUCCUGGACCUACAGUCUCGCAGCAUGAGAGACAACCUGGUCUUUUCCGGAAUCCCAGAGUCACCCACAGAUGCACCCGAAAUAUUAAUCAAAGACUUUAUGGUUAGACAGCUCAAACUACCCCCAGACACUGUCAACAACAUCACCUUCCAUUGAGUUCACCGCAUCGGACAGAGGCAAGCCCACUCCACCCGACCCCGGCCCAUCGUCGCCAAAUUUGAACAUUUCAAGCAAAAGCAACUGGUGCAGCAUCAGGGCAGGCAGCUGAGAGGGAUGGACUACGGGCUGAAUGACCAGUACCCCCCAGAGAUCGUCCGCAGACGGAAAAUCCUGCUUUCCAUUCGCAGACAGAAAAUCAGCGAAGGUAAGAGAGCAGCCCUCUCGGUGGAUAAACUAUACAUCGAUGGUCAGUUGUUUAAGGAUAAGGACAUCAGCCCCUGGUUUUCUAAACCUCCCCUCCACUCACACACGGACACACUUCUUUUUACAUUGCAUACAUAAGCCCCCCCCUCUCUCUUUCUCUCUCUUCCUCUAUCUUUCUCUCUAUCUCUCUUGUGGUGUAUAUAGAUAUAAAACUUAGACUAUCAUAAAUUUUACAUGCUAGUCUCUGCACCCACUCUUGUAAUGGCAUUGUAUGCUGUUGCUUUUAUUGUUGUUACUUGUUUUGCGGCUGUUUGUGUGCCCCCCCCUUGUGUUUUGUUGCUUGUGUUGUCUGCUCUGCUCUGCUCUACAUUACAGGUCCUGCUGGGCACAUCAUGCAACAGUCCAGACAGUCGAAGUUCAACCUCAUCUGAUCUGGGAGUAACCGGAGAGUCAGAGAGUUUCUGGAAAACAAGCAGCGUUUACGAAGGAAAGUCUUCUUCAAUGCCAGAAGGUAGUCCACAUGAGUCGAGCAGCUCAAUACAUACAUGUAGACCACCACAGGACAUUGAGAUCUCCUCUUCAGCCUGUCCUCAGAGUGAACAUCACACACUUGCUGCAGAUACACCAGUCAACCAGAGUACAGUGACUUGCACCCCAGAUGGCAGGGCCAGUGCCUCAGAGGUCAUCUAUGAUGAUGUGCCUGCUGAGAACCUACACCACCUAGUAAAAGAUGUGGAUGACAUCUAUGAAGACAUCCAGGGACCCGAUUACCAUGGCUCCAACAGUUGGAGCUCCAGUGAAUUUGAGAGUUAUGAUGAGAUGUCUGACAGUGAGACUGUUUCUCCAGGGCCCAGCAGCAAGCUUCCUGCAGAUGUGCUGAGGCUAAAGGAGCGUUAUGCUGUCACCAGGAAAGAGCUGGCAGUACGUCUUAGUACACCUCAUAUUGCUCACAUCAGACACAGCUGUGACACUAAGGUCCAGCAGUUGAUGAAAGCAGCGAGGAAUGGUACCAAGGACGGUUUAGAAAAAACUAAAUUAGCCAUGAUUCGCAAAGUGUCAUUCCUGCAGAGAAAAGACUCCACAGGCGAGGAAAAUGAUGAUGCAGGUUACAUGAAUGUGUCUGUGUGUGAGUUGAAGCACCCUCCACCGCAACUCUCCCCUAUGCCAGAGGGUCUCAGUAGUCAGCAGGUUGUCAGACGUCUCAUCCUCAGCUCCAUUCUGCAAAGUGAGAACAGUUACCUAGACUCUCUCAAAAGGGUUCUCCAGGAGUACCAGAAACCUUUACUUGACCCACAGACCUUGAUUAUAAACCCAAAGAAGGUGCGUCAGAUUUUUUACCGUCUACAGGAGAUCCAUCAGUGCCAUUCAAUGUUCCAGAUCGCCCUGGCAUGUCGUGUGGCUGAAUGGGAUUACAGUGAGAAGAUUGGCGACCUGUUUGUGGCAUCGUUUUCAAAGUCCAUGGUGCUGAACAUCUACAGUGACUACAUCAACAACUUCACCAAUGCCAUGGCACUCAUCAAAAAAGCCUGCAUGUCUAAACCUGCUUUCCUGGACUUUCUUAAGAAGAAGCAGGCAAGCAGUCCAGACAGAAUCACUCUUUACGGCCUAAUGGUGAAACCUAUUCAGCGCUUCCCUCAAUUCAUUCUACUGCUGCAGGACAUGUUGAAGAACACUCCAAGCUCCCAUAAUGACCGGCUUCCCCUGCAACUGGCUGUCACUGAGCUCGAGACCUUGGCCGAGAAACUGAACGAACAGAAGCGCCUGGCUGAUCAGGAUACUGAGAUCCAGCAGUUAGUUCACUAUGGGAGGGAUCGCAGUCUUAACAAGCUGCUGAACUCAGAGCAGAGGCAACUGAUUAAGUGUGAAGUGCUGACUGAGAUUGUUUAUGGAGAUAAAGGACAAGUUGUUAAAUCAAAGGAGCGAAAAAUCUUCCUUCUCAACGAUACCCUGAUUUGUGCCAAUGUCAACCUGAAGGGUCCCCCUGACAUCAACAGCCUGGUUCCUGUUGGUCCCAAGUACACGGUUAAGUGGUGUAUCCCUCUGCUACAGACUCAGGUGAUGGAGGUAGGACAGGACAGUCUGCAGUGCAGGAACAGUGUUAUCACAGCGAGACGCCACAGCUCUACCUCCAGCACCACAGAUAAAGUGUUCCUGGGUCCUCCCAGACUGUAUCAUGAGCUUGAGGAACUGCAGCAUGACUUGGCUGUAGUGGAGGAGGUGUCACUGCUGGUGGGCACACUCCAUGGGAGCUACCAGAAUUUGAACACAGCAGUAUCUCAGGACUGGUGUCUGGCUCUGCAGAGGCUCAUCCGUCUGAAGGAGGAGGAGAUCCAGAAUGCCAAUAAAUGUCGCCUGCGUCUGUCUGUUCCAGGCAAACCUGACAAAUCUGGUCGUCCAGUGAGCAUCAUGGUAGUCUUCAACACUCCCAGCCCCCUCAGUAAGAUCUCCUGGGUGAACCGGCUGCACCUCGCCAAGAUAGCUCUAAGAAAGGAAAACACUUUGGGGUGGGAAAGUGCUGAGGAUGUUGGGAAGACAAAGGCUCCAUUUCAUUGUCCCCUGCUGACCUGCAAAGUUCCUGUUUUGUCCUCUAGGACACACAUACUGAAGUUGGAGGCAGCUCUUCACAGUCCAUCUCAGUCCAGCCUCCUUGGUUUCUGCACUGCAAGUACAUCGUUACCACAGGGUUACCUCUGGGUUGCUGGUCAAGGUGGUAAUUCCACCCUCGGUCAAGUAGAGAUCUUCUCUCUGAAUCGAGCCACUCCUCGCUUGGUCAAGACUGUCCCCCUGAGGGCCCCUAUCCUGUCUCUGGAGUAUGUGAAGGGGCUGUGGUCGAGUACAGAGGAAAAGGAGGAUGAGAAGGCCCAGUGUCUCCCCAAGACUGGAAACAUCAUCUGUGCUGGCUUGCAGGAUGGCAGCAUCCUUGUGUAUGGCAGUGUAGACACAGCUGUUCAGUGCCUCCUGACCCUAGUGAACCCUGACAGCUGUCCAGUCCACUGUCUCAAACACUCCCUGACUUACCUCUUUGCUGGACUCGCCAAUGGCAAAGUAGCUGUGUACCACAAGAAGACUGGAGAGAGACUCUGGGAUGUGAACUCGUGCAGAUUGGUUUCACUGGGCUCUGAGCCAGUCUCCUGUCUGCUGACACUUCAAGACACUGUAUGGGCCAGCUGUGCCAACCAAGUUACUGUCAUCCAAGGAGCCAGCCUCCAAACACAGAGCUUUGUAGCCCAUUCAGACCCAUGCUGCAGUGUUAGCCACAUGGUCCACUCAGGCGGAGGAGUUUGGAUGGCCUUCGCCCAGAGUCCUUCCAUUCACCUUUUUCACAUAGAGACAUUGGAAGCACUGCAGGAAGUCAACAUCUCAACCCGCAUCACACAUCUGUCACCAGGUCAGGUUUGUGUCUCCAGUUUACUAAUCAGUCAAGGCCUACUGUGGGUGGGUACCAGCCAGGGCAUUAUCCUUACUUUCCCUGUACCUACCCUGGAAGGCAUCCCCAAGAUCACAGGUAAAGGCAUGACAUCUUUGAAUGCUCACUGUGGUCCAGUGGACUUCCUAGUGUCAGCCUGCAGCACACUGGCCUCUGAUUUGCUUAAACACAGUUCCAUUCUCAAUGCCAGGAAGGAGGGUGCUAACACAGACAGAGGAGGAGGAACAGUUGAAGAUAAUGUCAGAGGAGAUGAAGGAGGGCAGAAGAAGAAGAAGAGCACCUGUCUGCACGAUUCUGAAGCUCCUCCAUCAAGGGAGGAAAAGCCUAGGGGAAUGGUGCUGCAGUACCACCUCCACUCUACCUGCAAGCUGCCUGGGAAACUGCUGACAGCCCAGCCAGAACUAGCAAACCUCAGAGCCCCUCCAGAAUCCUUCGAACACAGUCCAGAGGAUGGCUCCAUCUAUGAAGUGAGCGAGGACCCUGAUAUAUGGGUGAGAGGGCGGCCAGUUGAUUGGGGAAAAGAAGGGGAGGUGAGGCGCAGCAAAGUAACCUCAAUAGCCAUCUUUUCUGGUGGAAGAGGAUAUCGAAGGAUAGGACAUCCAACAUCAGCAAGCACCUAUUCAGAUUCCACUGAAAACACAGUACUAGUGUGGCAGUUCCCUCUCAAUCUCAGCCAAUGACAGAAAAGACUGUAAAUUUAGAUGGGUCAAGGAAGUUCACCCCUGACAGCCAUGUUUUUUGUAAUUGUCUGCUUCAUUUCAGUGGUUUGAUGUGAUAGAUGACACCAUAAGCAAGAUGAAAUAAGAGUACCAUUACAUGAGAGGCCUACCAACACUUAGUAAGCAGCUCCCUCUAGGAAUCUUAUAGGACGACCAACAUUCUUCAGCUCUUUGUGCAGACGUUAUACAUAAUGACUUUUACCUAUAACAACUUUAUACAUUGCACGCCAGACUGUGAAGGUAAGAUUAUCAAAGGCUUUUUUACCGAUUUUGCAGGCAGACAUGACACAUUCUGCUUCAGAAUGUGCUUAGUCAUUAAGAGUUUUAUAUGUGAGACGCAGAAUUUUAAAUUCUAUUCUGGAUUUAACAGGGAACCAGUGAAGGGAAGCUAGUAUGGGAGAAAUAUGAUCUCUCUUACUGGUUCCUGUCAGAACUCUGACUGCAGCAUUUUGUAUCAGUUGAAGGUUUUUAAGAGUAUAAUAGGGAGAUUCCAAAAACAGGGAAUUAUGAUAGUCCAUCUUAGAAGUUACAAAUACAUGGACUAGUUUUUCACCAUCACUCUGAGACAACAUGUUCCUGAUUUUGACAAUAUUCCAUAGGUGAAAGAAGGUUGUUCUACAGACUUGGUUUAAAUGUGUGUUGAAGGACAUAUCCUAAUCAAAAAUUGCCAAGGUUCUUUACAACAUAACUGGAAGCUAAGGCAAUGCCAUCCAGAGUAACUACCUGGUAAGACAGUGUAUUUCUGAGGUGUUUAGGGUGAAAUACAAUAACCUCAGUUUUGUCUGAAUUUAAAUGAAGAUAACUACAAGUCAUCCAGUUCUUUAUGUCCUUAGGACAUGCCAGGAGGUUAGCUAAUUGUUUGGUUUCAUUUCGCUUUAUAGAUAAAUAUAGCUAGGUGCAUAACAGUGGAAAUGUAUGCAGUGAUUCCUAAUAAUAUUCCUUAAGGGGAGCAUGUACAAAGUAAAUAAUAUUGGUCCUAACACAGAAUCCUGUGGAACUCCGUAACUAACUCUGAUAUGGGUGGAAGAAUUAUCAUUAACAUGAACAAACUGGAAUCUGUUCAAUAAACACAAUUUAAACUAA